CACCCACCCACCUUUGGAUGGAUCAAAGCUGCUGAUUAAAUUCUAGUUGAGGUAUAAGCUUGUCGAUCCAAUCUCUUCUUGCCCCUGUCUUCAAGUUACGCGGCCUAGCUAGUAGCUAGUUACAUCCCCACAGUUCUUCCAGGAUGGAGACGGAUAAUAUAGGAAUUGAAAUGGAAGCUCUUGAGCUCGUGUUUAGUGAUGCAAGUUCAGAGCCGAUGAAACUAUCCUAUGGACUUUUGAGAUCUAUUACGGACAAUUUUUCAAAUGAAAUUGGUUGUGGUGGGUUUGGAGCUGUUUACUUGGGACAUAUAGGAAAUGGGAAAGUUGCCGUGAAGAAGUUUUCCAAUCCACAUGCUUUGCCGGAGAAGCAAUUCUUGAGUGAGAUCACAUGCUUACAAAAGGCGAAGCACCAGAAUAUAGUAAGAUUUAUAGGCUAUUGUUCAGAAAUGCAUGGGGAAUUGCUUGUACAUAAUGGAGAAAAUGUAAUGGCGGAGGUACAGAAGAAGUUGCUCUGCUUUGAAUAUGUUCCUAAUGGUGACAUUCGACAAUAUCUUCAACAAGAGAAUCCUCAGGGAGAUGACUGGUCUGUACGCUACCAAAUGAUUAGAGGAAUUUGUCAUGGGUUGCACUAUCUUCAUGACAAGCAAAUUAACCAUCUUGACCUGAAACCUGAAAAUAUUAUGUUGGAUGCUAAUAUGAAACCAAAAAUUACAGAUUUUGGUUUGUCAAGAUUCUUAGAUGAAGGACAAUCCAAAAUGGUUACGAAGCACAUAGUUGGAACACUGCGAUAUAUUGCACCGGAAAUCAUAGAUAAAGGAGAAAUAUCAUUUAAGUCAGACAUGUAUGCUUUGGGCAUUGUUAUCAUAGAACUAUUAACGAGGACCAGUAUGAUAAGUCUUGACAAUUGGGAUGAAUCGAUAGACGUGGACUGCCCUCAAAUGAGGAUGUGCAUCGGAAUAGCACGAAAUUGCACGGAUUCUGACAAAGAUAAGAGACCAACCAUAUGGCAAAUAAUCCACGAGUUGGGCGACCUGGAAAGCAUGAUUCUACGGUCUUCCAUAAACCAGAAGGCUGGAAACAUGACACGUUGUGCUUGGUCCGUGUUAGUAGCAUUUAUCUCGUUUCAUGGAAUUUUCACCCCACCUGGUGGUUACAGAACUGAUGGCACACCAACAUACUCUGGAACAUAUUUCUUCGACGCAUACAUCCUGGCUGUAAUAAUAGCAUUGGGUUGCUCCGCUUCAGUAACCAUCAGUCUCAUGUACGCUCGAGUGGCUUUGGUGGAGUCUCGCACCCGGCUUGGCCGCUUUGUCAUAUCAGCAACCUAUUUUUGUUUAUUCUGCUCGCUUGCAAGUUCCAUUGCUGCCUAUGUGCUAGGCACGUUGUUUUUGGCUCCUGAUGCGCACAGGACGGCAGCUCUACUUUGUUCAUUGGUGUUCCUUGUAGUACGUAUGUUGGGGUACAUGGUAGGACCUACAAGAGCCAUUUCUGUUGCAACAACCCAACUUGUUCGAAUGGGCAGAAAAGCAUUUUUCGUCUUCUCACGUGUUGUUGUUAUCUCCCUGCGAACACUGGCAGCAUGUUGGCCCUUAGUAAUAAUCGUCGGUUGGACUGCCAUUUCCAGAAAAUAUGGAGACAAUAAACUUACCUGGAUCAGUUCCCGUACAAAAGAUGUUGCCAAGGUACAUUCACUUAAAUGAUCAUCGGUGAUUUAUGUAGAUGUAGCAUUGUUAUAUAUUUUCUGUACUCAAGAGUAUACAUUGUAUUUUUUUGUGUGUGUAACGGUGGCCAAUUAAGGCAUGCAUGUAUUCAGUGUGAUUUACUCU